AUGGCGGAGGGAGAGACAGAGAAGGAAUAUGCCACAAGAAAAGCUAUCGAGCGGCUCCGAGAACGGUUCCAGGAAUUGACUACAACACUAAAAGAAAACCUGGAAUCACCGUCGGACGCCUCUUUGCGUUUCUGCCAGGAAUUCUGCCAGGUCAGCAUGUUUUUCCAACAACCCAUCCUAGCUGCUUUGCAGCCUUCCAUCCAGCUUCCUGGCUGAUGAUGCGCGUGUACGUUAGCUACAACAAUGUAGCUAGCUAGCUAACUCGCGCUAGCCACAUCAGAACAUAUAUAAAAACACACACCAUUACUCCCUGUUUUACCGUUUGAUUAUUGUAGUUAGUAAACUAUAUACAUAAGUGUUUUCCGAUAUGUAGUUUAAUCUCUUACUUUGGAAUUAUAUCCUAUCAUCACUCAUUUUCCCCUGCUAGUUGAUGUUAGCUAGCUGCUAGAUGAAUGUUGGCUAGUUAGCGAGUUGAUCAGGCUCCUUCAUGCUGAGAAGAGAUAGCUAGGUUUUUGUGCGAACUUGCAUUCAAAUGCACCAGUGUUUUAGGUUUUGCAUUACACGAAACGUCUUUCAUCCAUGUAAAUGUGCACAUUUAACUAGAAAUUAAGGCAAAUUAUCGUUUUUCCAUUCGUCCAUUGUGUUAGUGGAUCAAUAUUGAGUGUGCCUGUAAAAGUAUUCUGUAUAGGCCUGGCCUACCAAAUAGCUAGGUAGUAUUUAUUUUCAUGCAAAUCAUAGGUUAACUACGUAUGCAUGGGUUUUAAUUGUUAGAAAAGCAAUAUUAACUCAUCAGCCUGUCUGUGGGUAGGUUUAUUCUGUUUUGUGUAUAGUAUGACAAACCUGCUGGGCCUUGUUUGAAACCCCUUCUGUGCGAAGUGAUGAAUUCAUUGAUUGAUUGAUUUUACCCUUAUUUUACCCGGUAAGUUGACUCAGAACACAUUCUUAUUUAUAGCAACGACCUGAGGAAUAGUUACAGGGGAGAGAAGUGGGGAUGAAUGAGCCAAUUGGAAGCUGGGGAUGACUAUGUUAGUGAUGAUGUAUGAAGCCCAAUCUCAUACUAUCAGGUCAAAUUUGGAGAUAAAACUGCAAUGGUGGUUAAUCAUCUGACACAGAGUAGUAAGAAUAUACACAUGAGAUAGCCUUGUACCAUAUAUUUUCUUAUAAAAAAAAUAGGGUUUUCUCUGCAACUGUCUAAAAACCUGGUCACUUCAAGAUUGUGUGUUAUCAAGUGUUGUGGUUUCAAUUAUUAUAAUUUUUUGUACAUUUUGUGCUGGAGAGGCAAUGCAUUGAAAUACCAAGAUAAGCUACAUUUAGCAAUAGCCUGAGUUGAAGCCUAGCCACACUUUGAAGACCUAGUUACACUUUGAAAGGGCGGUGAUAUGUGAAUGCUUCCAUACAGCUCUUAUAGGUAGUGUAAAGCAGGGUUUCCCAAACUCGGUCCAGGGGCCUCCCCAGGGUGCACGUUUUUUGGUUUUUACCCUAGCACUACACAGCUGAUUCAAAUAACCAACUCAUUUUCAAGUUUUGAUUAUUUGAAUCAGCUGUGUAGUGCUAGGGUGAAAACUAAAACGUGCACCCAGGGGGGGCUCCAGGACCGAGUUGGUGAAACCCUGAUGUAAAGCAUAGUACAGAGAAUUUUUGGACCAACCUUGGCGAUACUUUCUCAAUUCCCGACUUGGAAGAAAAUAUAUCUUCUAAAGCUAUAUAUUUAGUUGCAGGGGUUUCAUUUAAAUGUAGAAAAUUAUUAAAUUAAAUUAAUUUUUUGCUCCAUGAAGUAAUCCAACAGCAAUGUGUGCUCCGCCAUCAAAUCAAAUUUUGUUUCCCACAAGCGCCGAAUACAACAGGUGUAGACAUUACAGUGAAAUGCUUACUUACAAGCCCUUUACCAACAACGCAGUAAAAAAAAAAAAGGUGUCUAUUUCAAAUCUUCUCACAUUGAUUGAGACAGGUGGGUUUCCACCCCGAAGUACCGCAUGUCAUGAUGACACUCGCCUGUCUCGAUCAAUGAGAAGAUUUAAAAUAGACAAUAUGGCGGCGUACACAUUGUUGGAUGACUUCAUGGAGCUAAAAAUCAAUUUAAUUUAAUAACGGAGCCUUUUCUAAAUUCAAACGAACCCACUGCAACUAGACAUGGACGUUUAGAAGACGUGUUGUCUUCCAAGUCAGGAAUUUAUGAAGUAUCGCCACGCAAAGGUUGGUAGAAAAUUAUCUGCGCUUUGCUUUACACUAUCUACUGUAUAGUGACUAUGGAAGAAUUCACAUAUCACCGCCCUUUCAGAGUGUAGCUAUAGAAGAGCCACACUCAUUUGAGCAGAGAUUAGGCUUCUCCUUGACUGGGAGAAGGGACGACGGACAAGGAAAAUAUUGUCACUACUUGUAGUAUUCAAGCAUGUCUCACUCUCAAUUGUGAAUAUUAGGCCUGCAUCCUCCACUCACUACUGAGUGUGGUUCGGCCUAUUGUAGGCUACUGCACGGAUUCCAAUUGUCCCUCACUAUAGCCUUGAUUCAGCAGCCCGGCUUAGAAGUCAAAGCAGCGUCCCGUAUACUGCUCGUCUAGCAGUGGUGGAAAAAGUUAUUGAGUAAAAGUAAAGAUACCUUAAUAGAAAAUGACUCACGUAAAAGUCACCGAGUAAAAUUCUACUUGAGUAAAAGUCUAGUAGUAUUUGGUUUUAAAUAUACUUAAGUAUCAAAAGUAAAAUGAUAAAUCAUUUAAAAUUCCUUAUAUUAAGCAAACCAAACCGCACAAUCUUCUUGUUUUUUAAAUUUAUGGAUAGCCAGGGGCACACUCCAACAUUCAGACAUAAUUUACAAACAAAGCAUGUGUGUUUAGUGAGUCCGCCAGAUCAGAGGCAGUAUGGAUGACUAGGGAUGUUCUGUUGAUAAGUGCGUGAAUUGGACCAUUUUCCUGUCCUGCUAAGCAUUCAAAAUGUAACGAGUACUUUUGGGUGUCAAGGGAAACGUAUGGAGUAAAAAGUAAAAUAUUCUGAAGGAAUGUAGUGAAGUAAAAGUAGUCUUUUAAAUAUAAAUAGUAAAGUAUAGUACAGAUAUCCCAAAAAACUACUUAAGUAGUACUUUACACUGGUGUCGUCUAGCUAUGUUGGUUCAUCUUACAUUUUUAGAAAAUUAGACCCUCACAGAUGUAAAGAGGUUGUUAGCAGUCCAACAAAGUCUUCAUGACAUUGGUGAUUUAUAUAAAUAUUCUGACAGGAGACUGCACUAGGAUUUCUAUUAUUAGCUGUUAUCAAUUUGCUAUUUUAAUGGAAUGUAGCGUAAUUUACCUAGGAGGACUAAUAAUUAAUGCAAUUGUGCAAUUACGCUAUUUGUAUGGUAAUUGUUAAGGCGUUGGCUAGUUGAAAAAAGACAAACUCAUUUAAUAGCAGGCACUAAUCAGCUUGCCACACUUCAUGCGAGACUCAGAGAGCAUGCCAUGAUUUUGUUUGCAGAUCCUUGUGGAACAUGCAGGCCGAUGGAAGACUGAGGAGGAGCCACUGCCUUUACUGGAGGUGUACACGGUGGCCAUACUCAGUUAUGCAAAGGCAACCUCCUGUCUCUCCUCCGAAUGUGAAAAUGUGCCACUCGUACUUGAAAACCUAGCACUGUGAGUACUCAAAGAUAACGUCAAUAUCUGAUUUCUAUGCAUGAAUGCUUCAUGGAACCAGCUGUGUAGUAUUUCAGAUGGUCUAUGUUGUUACAUGACAGUGAGCGUUCCAGUUUGACUAGCGCUAGUGACCAAUAUAACGGUACCAUGCCCCACUAAUUUGACAAGAUAAAUAAAUUAGAGCUGUGGCAGAAGGGGGUAGUGCUUCUUUAAUUUUAGUAAUCUGCACACAACUGUAGCAUCAUUAGCAUGAACCAAAACAAACUCAUUGAAUGACCCUGUUUUACUUGCAGGAGCUGUAUGGAGCUCCUGCUCUCAUUGCCUGAGAGUGUCCCUGGUGCCUUAUGGGAGGAGUUCCAAUCCUCUGUCAAGGUUAGUCUCCAAUGCUGCUCUAUUUUUCUUUUGCUCAACUUUGCAUAGAACAGCAAUGUAUGUAAUGAACCUAUAAAAAAAACGUUUGACAAUUAUCUUUAGAAAAAUAAUGACUAGGUGACCCAAUGAAAGGAAAAAAUGAAGCCCUUUAUCUGAAACAUGCACAUAUAACAAACCCUGUUUGACAUAAUUAGAUAAUCUAGGCCUGUGUUUAAAUUAUUAUUGUUUUUGUAUAGCUGAAAAGUUUAAAGUUAUAUGCUCUCCUUUACAGUCGGCGCACAGCCUUCUGCAAGAACAUGGGAACACACAGCUUCACAUGCUAUCAGCUAUGGCACAGGAGCCUGGCGUGUGGACCAACACCACUCUGUGCAGCAUUCUGUCUAAUGAGAUACCUGAAAUUGACAGAGGUUAGUUUUAGCCUACCUGUGUUGUUUUUUUUGCAAGAACUUUGUACAUGUGAGAUGACUGGUUUAAAUGUUGUGGUGACCGCUUAGUAGUGCUAUCUGUAAUAGUGUUCUUUCUCUACUCCCCAGUUCAUGAGUUCCUGCAAAUGGAAGGUCCCACACUCCUUAAUAUGCGAAUAAAGCACCUUAUCAAACAGAAUAGAGCAGAGCAAGCAGCUGUCUUAGCGAAGAUGUGCUCAGAGUAUCCAGAGUACGAAGGAAAAGGGAACUUCAAGCAGACAUACCUUGUUUGCCUGUGUAUGACAAAAACACAAGAACAACUCAUGCAAGAGGUGAGUGGAUAGCAUUUACAUCAAGUCAUUUAACAGACAAGUGCCUUCAAAAAAGGGGGCUGAACAAAGGCUUGUCAUUUACAUUUUUUACAUUUUAGUCAUUUAGCAGACGCUCUUAUCCAGAGCGACAUACAGUUAGUGAGUGCAUACAUUUUCGUACUGGUCCCCCGUGGGAAUCGAACCCACAACCCUGGCAUUGCAAGCGCCAUGCUCUACCAACUGAGCCACACUGAUGGAGAUUUGAUGAAGAAAUGAAAUGACAAAGUCCAGUUUGAUAACGAUGAAUAAAACAAUGACCCUGAUGGAAAAUGAUCAACUGUGGGUGGCAAUGGAAUACCAUAAUUAUGACAUGUUUUCUCCGGGCCAGAUCGCGCAGGUAGACUGUAAGGAUGGAUUGGAGAUGAUUUGUAACCUGGAGUCAGAUGGGGAUGAAAAAGGAGCCCUUUGUUUGUGCUCUGCAUUCCUUGAGCGGCAGCUUCUCCAGGGAGAUGUGUAUUGUGCCUGGUGAGUACUACCCUCUUUCCAUUUAAUGUGGAUGUGACCAAAUGUGUAUUUAUUUAGUAUUUUCUUUCCCGUGGGGUGGGGGUUACAGGUACAAUAUACAAAUUCAUAUAAUUUCAUAUUCAGUUGGUAUUUACCUGAAUAAAAAAGAAAAACAUUUAGAAAAAAGUAAUGAUCAUAUUACAGAGUUAGAAAAGUAGUAAUACAUUUAGUAUGGAAGGGGAAAAAUAGAAGUGAGCCAAUCUCCCAAUGGAUGUCGUAUGUUGACGACAAACUGUUAUCUCUUGGGCAGACCAAUGAUGAUAUACUUUUCUUUUUACAGGGAGCUCACACUAUUCUGGAGCAAGCUUUUAAUGCGGUCAGAGUCUUCAGCUGAUGCAUUUCUUGGUCAAUGCAGAAAGUUGGUUCUGCUUUCCAGGAGCGUCUGUCAUAUUCUCUUCCUCAUCAAGGUUAUCCAAUCGGAGGUGAAAUUCUUUAAUGUGUAA